CUGAAAUGCCUUCUUGAUCACCGGUUCCACAAAGAAUGGGCCUUGGCGUUUUGGGAAAUCGCAAGGUGUCGCCGGUGAGUGCCCAUCCCUCCAAGUCGCCCGAAUCGUCAAACCGCGACAAAACUUGCCGCCUCGACCAGAAGCCUUGGAGCCAUUGUCCGCGCUACAGUAGGGCCCUGCACUUACUCUUGUAUUAUCCUAGGGCGUUUGGCGCCGCGAUUUUCCACGAUGGACCUGAACAACAUCAAGAAGCAGGUGUCGAAUCUGACCCUGUAUGAUAUCAAGGCCGGUGUUCGGAAGGUGCAAAAUGCCGUCAUGAACUACACCGAGAUGGAGGCAAAGGUCCGCGAAGCCACAAACAACGAGCCAUGGGGCGCAUCCUCGACGCAGAUGCAGGAGAUUGCCGACGGCACUUUCAACUACCAAACCCUGAACGAGAUCAUGCCGAUGAUCUACCGGCGCUUCACGGAGAAGUCGGCCGAGGAAUGGCGACAAAUUUACAAGGCACUUCAACUACUCGAGUACCUGAUUAAGCACGGCUCCGAGCGCGUUAUUGACGAUGCUCGAUCUCAUAUCACCCUCCUCAAGAUGCUGCGCCAAUUCCAUUAUAUCGACCAGAACGGCAAGGAUCAGGGCGUCAAUGUCCGCCACCGUGCCAAGGAACUGGCCGAACUCCUGAGCGACGUGGAGCGUAUCCGUGCGGAGCGUAAGAAAGCGCGCGCCAAUAAGGGGAAGUUCACGGCCAUGCAGGGCGGUGGCGGCUUUGGCAGCUCGAGCCGCUAUGGCGGAUUCGGAAGCGAUUCAGGCUACGGCGGCGGCGCCGGCAGCAGUUCUACGUACGGCGGCUUCUCCGGCGGUGUGUACGGUGAUGGAGGUGGCUUCGGAGGCCAAUCUGACGAAUACCGUGGGACUCAGUCAUCGCGCGCGGACAAAUUUGAAGAAUAUGACGAGUUUGACGAAGGGGAGCGGCCUUCAGCUUCAAUUGCCGCGGCGAAGACGCGAGGCACCACCGAGCGUGCGAGGGCGAAACAGACCACCGAGCAGCCGAAGAAGAAAGAGCCUGAGGUGGAUCUUUUUGAUUUCGCCGAGCCUGCCGCAUCGGCUUCGCCCGCAGCAGCCACUAUGGCUUCUGGGCUCGCCUCUCUCGGCGGUACCACCAACGACGACGACGAGUUCGAUGAUUUCCAGUCCGCCACGCCGGCUCCUCAGACUGCAGUCCUUCCAACGUCUCUACCACCACCUAUUACGUCAGCUGCGCCUGGAAUGCCGUUGGCGGCACCCAAGCCUGUGUCUGCACCACAGCAAGCAAACCUCAGCGGUAUGGUCGCUAUGUCGUCCAUCUCCCCGCCGCCAAGUUCCACCUCCAGUCCGGCCGGCAACUUUUCGGCAUUCUCCACACCGCUCACCGCGAGCACGCUCUCACCGGCUGCGCAGGCGCCCAAGCCUGCCGGAUACCAGGCGGCAGCGCCCAAUUACUUUUCAUCAGUGCAACAGCCUGCUGCUUCAUCCACGCUCGGUGGUGCUAAAGCCACCAGCGGCCCUGCGAGUGCCAAGCCGGUCGCGGGCGGUGACGCGUUUGGCGCCUUGUGGUCUCAGGCUAGCGUCGGCAUCAAGAAGAAUACGCAGACCGGGCCAGGCCCCGCCAUAAACCAGCUUGCGAAGGAGAAGAGCAGCGCCGGUAUCUGGGGCGCCCCUGCGCCAUCAACCACGAACACUUCCGGAACUGGAAGCAAGCCUUUGGGCAAUGGCUUGGAUGACUUGCUCGGCUAGGUUCUCCCCGUCUUCAGCGUCAAUCUCCCUGGUUUACUGUGGCUGCCGGCCGGGGGAGGAAAACAUAGCAGGGUUGAAGGUGGUUAUGAUGCGUCUCGUUUUGGUUGUAGGUCAUUUAGGCGAAAUGCUGUUCUCGUGAGAUGUUGAGCAGCAUGUAGGAGUAGAGGCGUACGGGAUAAAACAAAUUCUAAGGUUGGACGUCAUCUU